AUGAGUACCAGCUCUACAUCCGACACCCCCCUCUUCGCGGGAACAGCCACCGAAAGUGGAGAAGCGAGUAGUACGAGGGGGUUGUUUCCUACUCAGAGUGGAUCAAGGGGCAAUAGUGAUGAUGAUAGGGCAGGUAGUCCGAACGUUUACUAUCUGGUUUUCCUGGGUAUCCUAGUAGUCCUCCUCAUUCUCGCGGGAUGUCUGGCUUUGAGAGCAGUAAGGAUGAGAAGGCGUUAUCGAACAGCCACUCAAAUUGCUUUAGCAAGAGGCGAACCGAUUCCUCAACCGGUCAUUGAUCCAUAUUGGCGUCUGGCGGGACUAGCAACCUGGACAUCAGAAGGGUUUGACAGAUUGGGUAAUCUGGAGAGUGAGAUGAAUAGGCGUAGAGAGAGGGAAAGGGAUAAGGAAAAGUUGAAGUUGAAACCUAAGAUUUACGACUGCGUGGUCUGGGAAAAUGAGAAUAGGCUGCAGGAUGGGCUGGAUAGUGCCGAGCCAAUAUCCAUCCAAUCCCUUCUUCUCUCCUCUCCACCACCUUCCACAUCCUCCAACCCACCUGAGGUAUCCUCCCCGAGACCACUAUUCGGCUUCCGUCAACGAUCAUCACCUUCACCCUCAGAAGUCCCAGUCCCACAAAUCACGCAAGUCAAUAGAAACGUAUCUGCAGGUGAACCAGUGCAGAUGGGAGUAAUAAUUCAGAUGCCUAUCCCUCCAGACCAGCAGCACAAGCAGGACCAACAGCGGUAUGGCGACGACGAAGAAGAAAGAGUGGGUUGGGAGAUGGGUAUGGAAUUGGGUGUGUGGCAAGGUCAGAUACGUAGUGAGGUGAAAGAUGUUAGAGACAGUUCGGAAAGUUAUCAGGCUUAA